AUGUAUGCCUUCUCUCUGUCAUUUUUCUCUCUCUCUCUCUUCCUCAUACCCUCUCUCUCUCUCAUUCCCCUCUCUCUCUCAUUCUUUUCUCUCUCUCUCAGUCUCUCAUUUUCUCUCUCUCUCUCUCGCCCACUGUAUUUUAGUUCAACGUCUGUUCAAUACUGUUCAUAUAUUUUUCUAAGUCGUUAUAGUCAGUUACAUCAAUAUGUGGACACGCACGGGCGCGUGUGGGCGCGACGACGAGAAAAGCAAUUAAAAAUAUCUAUCUAUCUAUCUAUCUAUCUAUCUAUCUAUCUAUCUAUCUAUAUGAACCAAGCCCGUCGUGUGUGGGAGCGUUGCCCAUCUCUCCUCUCACAACAGAUGAGGCUAUUGUUAUUUAUUAUUAAUUCUACAUUGUGUUACCUUAACUACAAAUCCACCCCUCCCUCCCUCCCUCCCUCCCUCCCUCCUUCCCGCCCCAUGGAGGAACCAGCUACACGUCAUGUACAAAACAGUCCCAGUAAAAUUACAUCUAUCUAUCUAUCUAUCUCUCUAUCUCUCUCUAUCUAUCUAUCUAUCUAUCUAUCUAUCUAUAUGCCUGUUCAUAUCUAUCUAUCUAAUAUAUCGACACAAAUGAAAAAGCGAAAUAUAGGCGUGCCUCCGACGCACAAACAGAGAAAGUGGACCCCUAAAACGACACGCUAUGUGAUCCGAUUGCACCCCCACCUCUCACUCUCUCUAUCUAUCUGUCUGUCUGUCUGUCUCUCUCUCUCCGUCUCCCGCUUUCCGAAAUAUCAACUCGUCGUUUCCAUUCACGACCGCUAUUCUACUCUUAAUGCCCGUCCCACACAUCUCCUGUGCGUCGGGUCCAUCACCCUCGUGUUUUUACUUUAUUGUUGUAAACGAUCGUCGACUCUUCUCUUUCUUUCUUUCUCUCUCUCUCUCUAUCUCUAUCUAUCUAUCUAUCUAUCUAUCUAUCUAUAUAUAUAUAAAACUUAUUAA